GCAGUUUAAGAUUCAGCAAGUCCAAGACCCUGCCUGGGGCUCACUGCUGGGAUUCAUAAAGAGGCAAUAUUAAUAUCCCCACGUCUCAGCCCUGGUCAGUGCCUAUUCCCCACCACCUGCAGCUCCCCACCCGAUCACAGGCACAGGAUCUUCCUUCCCAGCCAACACAGGAGACCGAGCCAGUGUGAGUUCAAACACAGUGCUCAACAUGACAACUCUCAACCAAAGCAGCUUUGAUCCUAUAACUUUCAUUCUGACCGGCAUCCCGGGCAUGGAAGAGUCUCACAUCUGGAUCUCUGUCCCCGUCUGCCUGAUGUACGUUGUUGUACUUUUUGCCAACUCGGUUUUACUCUUCAUCAUCAUAACAGAGCGCAGCCUCCAUGAACCCAUGUACCUUUUCCUCGCCAUGCUGGCGGUCGCUGAUCUGCUGUUAUCCACGACUACCGUGCCCAAGAUGCUGGCCAUAUUCUGGUUUAGUGCCAAGGAGAUUUCUUUUGAUGCCUGCGUUACCCAGAUGUUCUUUACCCAUUUUAGUUUCAUCGCAGAGUCAACUGUUUUGCUGGCCAUGGCAUUUGACCGGUAUGUUGCCAUCUGCUACCCUCUGAGAUACCCAACUAUCCUCACUCACUCAGUGAUAGGGAAAAUAGCUGUGACGGCUGUUCUUAGAGGGUUGUGUAUAAUGUUCCCACCUAUUUUCCUCCUUAAGAGGCUACCGUACUGUGGACACACCGUUAUGCCUCACACGUACUGUGAGCACAUGGGCAUAGCCCGGCUGGCCUGUGCUGAUAUAACAGCCAACAUCUGGUAUGGGUUCACCACAACUCUGCUGUCGUCAGGGCUGGACGUCAUGUUCAUUGCUGUGUCUUAUGGGCUGAUCCUCAGGGCCGUCUUCCGGCUCCCGUCCAAGGACGCCCGGCUCAAGGCUCUCCGCACCUGCGGCUCCCACCUCUGUGUCAUCCUGAUGUUCUACACACCGGCCUUUUUCUCCUUCCUCACUCACCGGUUUGGCCACAGUAUCCCUGGGCACAUUCACAUCCUCCUGGCCAAUCUCUAUGUGAUUGUUCCCCCCAUGCUAAACCCCAUCGUCUACGGCGUGCGAACGAGACAAAUCCGGGAACGAGUGACUCGCAUGGUCUCCCAGGCCUGGGGAUUUCACUGCUUCUGCGGGGGGAGGGGAUGUUGACCUGCACAUAAUGCCGAGACGCGGACUGGGAAUGAGCAGUUGGUGCUGAGUGCUGCUGCAGGGCCACGACCGGCAGGUUCCUUCUAAAUGAAAGCAGAUUGCUUCAAAGGAGGGUUUUCAGGAGAUGGGAGCCUGGUUCUUCUGGACUUUUAAUCACUGGAGGUUCCUCCUGUGGUAUUUGCUUUCUGUGGCUCAGAUGAACCAUCAGAUGCUCCCCUCCAGCACAGAUCAGAUGCAGAACAUUCAGAAAACAGUGAGGACUGUCAAGAUCUCCGUGCCUGUGAUCUUCUGUAAACACACCUGUCACUGACUGCCCCUUCCACCCAUUUGUCUGUUUAUUCACCUGUUGUGCACUGUCUUAAUCUUAGACUGUCAGCACUCUGAGGUGCAGGCUGUCUUUGUGUUAUCAGGAGACUACCUAGCACAGCGGGGCCCUGAUCUCUGAUUGAAGUCCUCAGGCGUUAGUUGGAUACAGAUAAUAGUCAUAUCAUAUGAUGGUGACAAUACUCUUUCCAUUCCACUAGUACUGCUGG